AUGAUCACUCCUCCCGAGGACGAUUUCAUGAUUACGGAUAUCUUGCUGAGCCCCGCCAGUACGCGCAGCAGCGAGACACGCGCCGAUUCGGGCGAAAUACUUCGACUGGAUUGGCAUGCGUCGGGAGAUGUUUGCCUCGACUCCUUCUACUCCAACUUUCACCUCUCCCAUCCUUUCCUCUUGCCGAAACCCGAUUUGGCCGCAAGGGCCAGGACGCACGAUAUGGAGCCUCUUCUCACAGCAGUUCGCUGGGUGGGAUCCCUGUACUUGAAGUCUCUCUCUGCCCAGCUCAACUUGUUCGAUAAGGCGCACGGAAUGAUAUACGAUACUACCAAGACAAAAGACGGCUUCACGGUACAAGCAAUGAUGCUCCUGGUUCUCGGCUUGGGCGGGAGCGGACGACAGGAAGAGGCAAGGAAGGUACUCAGCGACGCCCAGGCAAUCGCUUUGGAGAUUGGAAUGAACACAAGGGCAUAUGCGGUCUCGCAUGGGGAGAGCACGCCGGUACUGGAGGAAAGUUGGAGAAGGACAUGGUGGGAUCUAUAUGUAAUUGAUGGCCUGAUCGCCGGUGUGCAUCGGUGCACCAGCUUUCCGCUCUUCGACGUACCAUGCAACGUCGACCUCCCGUGUGAGGAGUUCGAGUAUCUCGCUGGGUGGAUUCCACCGCCGACAAGUAUAGACAACUUGAUGGCGCCUGAAUUUGCCGACGAAAGCCAGCCCCUGUCGUCCUAUGCGUACCGGAUAUCUGCCAUCCGAAUCCUCGGAAAUCUGGUACGACUCCGCGAGACCAAGAACACAAACACAAACCAGGUCCAGUCUCUCCUCACCAACUGGCAGCUUCACCUACCUCCCCAUAAGCGAGACUGCCUGCAACAAGACGGGAGCCCGGACGAGAUGAUGUUCCAGGCGUUCAUGAUAGUGCACAUGACUUCUAUCCUGCUACACCUGCCCCACUCGCAAAUCACGUUCACGCCGGCGCAUAGCAUUACGUCUUGCGCGGCACAGAUCGAGGUGCAUGCCGACGGGAUACACAAUGCCCACACGCAGCACGCUCUUCAUUCCGCAAACGAGAUCAGCACGAUGGUCACUUAUCCGGUGCCGUUACAGACGCACAGCCCGCUGUUCAGCUGUAUAGUCACUCUCUCGUCGAUCGUGCAUGUAGGGAAGAUUCUAUCGGGAAUUCCGUUCGAUAUAGACCGUACACGACAGCAGCUCGGUCUGAACAUCGGAGCACUGACGCAGAUGGCUCGGAUCUGGAAGAUAGCGGAGGACUCGGUCCGGCAGACAAGAUCCGUCACAGGAGAGCUCCAAAGGGGAGGGAUGAUGAAAUCUGGGCGUUGGUGA